AACAAUUCAACUAUUCAAUUAUUCAACAAUUCAACAAUUCACCUUCAACUAACUUUCAACUAUUAAAUACCAGCAAUUCAAUCUACUAAAUGUCCUCGACCCAAAAUCGCGAACAGUAAUUAGCAUAAAUAAAUCAAAAAACCGAAAAGUCAGAGAUAACAUCCGGAUCCGACAAAUUUCGCGGGGAAGUACCGCGGAACAAGGCUCGAAAGGCGCUUUACGAAAACACGAUUGACCUUCGGAUAGAGAGCGGCCGAUAAUCGGGCCGAAGUGGCGGCCGAGGACAAGCGAAGACUGCCAAAGUGCUCGGCGGCACGUGGCCAAUAUGUUUCUAUCCGGGAAGUCCCGCGGCCGGUGAGACGGCCGAUUGGCCGCCAUGGUCGCGAGCCCCCAGCCCAACUGACAUUAUUACAGCGCCGCGGCGUCGGAACCGGUGCUGUGCCGUCGGGACACUCACGGGACCAACAUAUACCGGGACCUCGAAGACCCAUUUGCGGGGCAUCUGCGACCGCGAAAAUUUCGCACCGAAACACCUGGCGACAUUGUUCGUGCGGACUGUCCGGAGACCGAGGAGCAGCGGGGACAGUAGAAAUCCUCUCAGUUUAGCGAAUCCUCUCUAGCAGCAGUUGUAAUUGUAUCUUCAGUGGAUCUUCAACGUUGCUGAAUUGUAUCUUCGGUGGAUAGAGUACCGUUGCUAGAUCGUACUAUUCCUGAAUCGUGCAUUUACUGGAUCGCGCCAUUGCUGAAUUGCACCGUCAUUGGACUGUAAAACAUUGCUGAAUUGUAUUAUUUUUGAAUUGUACCGUCGCUGGAUUGAAUCACCACUGGAUUUCAAUAUUGCUGAGUUGGACUGUUCUUGAAUUGCACUGUCAGUGAACUGUGAAACAUUGCUGAAUUGUGCUAUUCUUGAAUUACACCAUCACUGGAUUGCAACAACGUUGCUAAAUUAUACAAUUCUUGAAUUGCACCAUCACUGGAUUGCAACAACGUUGCUGGAUUACACUAUUCUCGAAUUGCACCAUCGCUGAAUUGCAACAUUGCUGAAUCGAACUAUUCUUGAAUUGCGCCACCACUGAAUCGUACACCACACACAUCGCUGGAUAAUAAUAAUAUGGAUAAUAAAUUGCUGAAUUGAACCAUCAACUAUGAACCAAACCAUUGCUGAUUCGUAUCGUUCCUAAAUUGUGCCAUAACUUGGAUUUUAUCAUUGCUGAGUCGAACCGUCAGCGGAGCGCAGCGUUGCCGGAUCCCGUCGAGUCGAUGAAUCGAGGUGCAACGUGUUCAGAAUAAUUCAGGUGUUCGGUAGAUUUGCGGUAAAAAAAACACUGUAUCUUCUCGAAGACGAAGAAUUGGCAUCGGAUCCUCUUCGCAUCUAACCGUCUCACCUAAUUGAAGACACUAUUAAAAAAUCUAAAAAGUGGCAACAGUGGUUCGAGUAGUGUACCGUGCGAAAUCCGCGGCGACCUUACACAGUGUCUUGGAUUUUCUUCUUGAAGGUUAUUUAAUAUUUAUAAACAUUCCGUUCACCCGUGGUUCGCCGGAAUCCAGUGGAAAAACUUGUGAAUCGCGAGAGCUAGAGUGAAAUGAAAACUGUAAUCAAAAAGGUGGCUGUCGAAAAUCCUUUAACCGACCCGUGGAACGAGCGGGCGCCAUUUUGAAGCAGCCGACGCGGUCGGAAGAAACCGGGGAAUCGGAAUCGGACGAGUCCACUCGGGAAGCAGGAAGUUGUGGUCCUACGAUACGUGGCGCGUAGCUUCGCGGUAAGGACCAGUCAUAGUCUUGAACCACCCCCCUCCCCUCUCCCGAGCUCCGGGGCUUCCUCAGCCCAGUCCGCGUUCGAACCACGAAAUUAUCGUUGCAUCGUGCCGGACAAGAGUAACCUCCCCGAGAGUCGCACGCGUCAGACGAAACGCGACUCCGUCGGGCGACGCGGCGAUAGAGGCGAAGAGGCCGCCGAGAAAUCUGCCACAUCCGCGUCGCGGCUCCGGGCGGAUUACGACGUAUUUUUCGAGCGGCGUGGAUAAGUGGCGGCUUUUCGAAGAGGGAAUCGAACGCGGCGCGAACGUGAAAUGGCGCGAAACGACGACGGAAAGAGGACGACGACGCUCGGCGAGGAAAAACGCUGAAACGGGAAACGCUGCGGUGGAAAAGAAAAAGUCGCGACACGUCCUCGAAGGGAUAAACCGUGGAAAUUGUUUAAGGAGAAUUGCGUGGAACUGCGCGGAAAAGUCAACGACGGGGAAUUAAUUGUCUCGCGGAAACACGAGCGAAGAGUGUCGCGAGGUUAACUGGAGAAAAGAAAAGCGAUCGGGGGGUGGUCCUCGACGCGAGAACAAAAGCACUGUUUUGCUGAGGCGACGAAGAGGAGAUCGAGAGGAUAGAUCACGACGCCGUGCAGGCUGAAAGGCCGAAAGUGCCUUUCGGAUCGAUCGCGGAGCGCCGAAGUACGCGCAGCAGCCGACCGCCCGGUGAAGAACGCGUUUGUGUGUCCGGAUAAACACCGGUGGGGGAGGGGGCGAAGGUCGCCGAGAAGAUCGCGCCGGCUGUUUGGCCUUCUCCGUGCCUCUCUGGUGCGGCAGCCAUUUUGGAAGUGGGCAUCGCCUACCGGAAGUGGGCAUCGCGUGGGCGGCGCACCAAAGCAAAGCGAAGCGAAGGAAAGGAAAGGAAAGGGCGAGCAACGGUACACCGGUGAUCGAGAGCCAAGAAAAACGAAAACAAGCCGCCGCCGCUCGCGCAGUGCAGCAAGAAGUCGCGCGCGAGAGUCUGCAGGUGCAAAACACAAUCGAUCUUCCUCGCGGAUAAACGGUCCGGUAAUCGAGCGCCGAGGCCGGAGGAACGACUGCCAGUCCGCGAAAUCGAUCUCCGUGCGCGUUGCAUAAGCCGAUUCCAGCCGGUUUCGCGUUACCAGGACGAUUCUAGGGUUACGGGGGCCGAAAGACACGCGAUAGCGUUAACACUCGGUGAAAUGCCAAUGUUUAUUACGUACGUACGAUUCUACGAUUACUGAAACUGUACAAACACGUUUAUAAAUAAUAUUAUUAUAAAACGUAUUAUUUGUAUACAUGAUAAAUAAUAUUAUUAUAAAACGUAUUAUUUUAAAAAUAGCUAGAAUUCUGAACGAACAUAUUAUCGUUGCUAUUGUUUACGAGGAAUUUGUUCAACGAUUGUGUUCCAUUUGGCAUACGUUAUUAUAAACAAUAUUAUAAAUAAUAUUAUUAUAAAACGUAUUAUUUUAAAAAUAGCUAGAAUUCUGAACGAACAUAUUAUCGUUGCUAUUGUUUACGAGGAAUUUGUUCAACGAUUGUGUUCCAUUUGGCAUAUGUUAUUAUAAACAAUAUUAUUAUAAAAAUCGCUAGAAAUCUGAACGGACAAAUAUUAUCGUUGCUACUAUUUCCGAGGAAUUUGCUCAACAAUUGCGUUUCACUGAGCAUACAUGAAGCUAAAUAAUAUUAUUUAAAACAUAUUAUUAUAAACCAUAUUACAAAAAUAGCUAGAAAUUCGAACGAUCACUGCUACCGCGAAGUAAUAUAAAAUAAAAUAAAACUAACGAAAAUGCGCGCGGAAGCGGUCGACGUCGAGAGGAUCUGCGGUGACGGUCUCUGCUUGAAGCUACCGUCGAACGAACGGACCCUGGAGAUCGUCGGCGACGGCUGCAGCAUCGUGUUGUCGGGGAACUCGGGAACGGUUCGCGUGAUCGGCGACGGAUGUCGGCUGAGGAUCGACUCGAACGUCGGCGACGUCCAGUACAUGGGCGACGGUGGUCGGGUGACCUUGGGCCCGAUGUGCUCGCGGAACAAGGUGAAGUACGUCGGCGACGGUGGCAAGGUGUCCGUCGACGGCGACAAAAAGACGCGGGCCAAGCGGACGGAGAAGACGUCGAAAAAGGAGGAGAACGACUCGAAGGGGAAGAAAGGAACCGACCGGUCCGGGGGGGUGGAGGAGGAGGACAAUGCCGCGAACGCGAAGAAGGAGGCGAGGUCCGCGGGCAGGAAGCGAAAGGAGAAGAUUGUGAAGAUCGUUACCGUGGUGCACUGCGAGCAGGACAUCGUCGGCAGGUGGUUCGUCGAUCCUGGAUCGGUGGUCAGGUCGUGCAAUGGCGUGUUCGCGAAGGUCGAGACCAAGAGGAAGGACAAGGGGAAGUGAAGUGUGCGAGCGGUGUGUUUUCUAGUGGCAUUAUUCGACUGCGGAUUUUAUGCAUUUA